GAAACACCUGUGUGGGUGUGAAGAGUGUUUAAAGGUGACUAAGUAACUCAUCUUUGAAGUCCUCCCUGACACCUACUGUACCUUCAUUACAGCAUGACUUCCAUCACCCGCUCUGUCAAAUAUGCACCAACCUCAGGGGACCUAAUUGCUUGAACUAAUUGCCGUUGCAUUAGCUUUAUUAGUGGGCCAACAUAAGUCAAGUGGUGAUGGAGGCAGACACACUUGAGGAAAAGCUUCUCCUCUACGCUAAGGAGGGCAGUUGUUCUCAUAUCCAGAGGCUCCUUCACUCGAGAAUCAACCAAAGCAGCUCCCUCAACAUCAACUACAGAUCCAGGUCUAAAGCCAGCUCAGGAUGGACACCCCUCCACCUGGCCUGUUACUUUGGACACAGGGAUGCUGUGGAGGAGUUACUCAAGGCAGGUGCUGAUGCAAAUUUGCAGACUAACAUGGGAGACACACCUCUACACCAAGCAGCCUAUACUGGAAGAAAGGAGAUUGUUCUGUUGCUGCUGCGGUAUGAUGCCUGUUCCAACAUAAUCAACGGAACAGCUCAAAUCCCUAAAGAUGUUACAGAGGAUGAUGAAAUCAUUACAAUGCUGGAGGCUGCAGAGAGAAGAGAGAGAAGGCAGCGGGAGAAGAAGCUCCUGGAAGCAGCCAGAGAGGGGGACAUCUCCACUCUGUCUAAACUGCUCAGUGGAAAAGAAGCUCCAGAUAUUCACUGCAGGGACUCUGUUGGGAAUACACCCUUACACUGUGCAGCCUACAGGGGGCAGAAGCAGUGCAUUAUAAAGCUGCUCAUGUCUGGAGCCAGCCCCAGUACUAAAAACAACAAUGACCAGACUGCAUUAGACCUGAUCCGCAGUGAUGAACUGAGACUUAUUCUAGCAGCGCAGCGAGACAAGGAUGUGAGCAGUGUGGUGCAGAAGAUUGAAGGCCCUCUUUGGAAGAGUUCCCGCUUUCUUGGAUGGCGAUCCCACUGGGUGAUAAUUGAGGAUGGAAGUCUCUCCUGGUACUCCAGACAGGCUAAUGCACUGGCUGGUGUCAGAAAACAGGGCUGUAAGUCUCUAACACAAGCCUACUGCACAGUCAAACCAUGGGAUCACUGCUUCUUCACGCUCAGGUGCCUUGAUGACACUGUACAUUAUUUUAAGGUCCCCUCAAAGACAGAUUCAGUGGCAACAAGAAAAAGAUGGUUGGAUGCUUUUGAGGCACAUUCAUCCUUUGGCACUCACCACUGCACCCAAGAAGAGAUAAUCAACGCUGCAGAUGGUUAUGGUGACGUAACGGAGAGGAAUCUGUCUCAAGCCCUUCAGGCAGCCAACGCUUCACAGCACAAAUUGGAGAGUGAAGUGUCAAUAUUUCUAUCGAUGGUGAAAAACGAGGAGAAUUGUGUAUUGUCUGCCCCUCUUCUACUGAAAGCCAAAGAUACCAGUGAGCUCUCCGGUGAAACCUGUUCUGCUCUCCAUCUGUGCCUUGAACUGCUUUCAAAACAGCAGGAGGUGUGGAGCCUGAAGUUAGAGCAGGAGGAGGAGAAAAACAAAGCUCUGACAGAGGCUCUGCAGACAUUGGCAACUGAACACCACGAGCUCGAGCAGUCCUUGUGUAAGAGCAGGAGGUCGUCUACCCUCAGUACCCUCACUUCAGAUGACUUCUAUGAUGCUGUGUCAGAGUCGGAGUCGGAGCUCUCGGUGAGCGACUUCCUGUCUGUGGCCAGUCCCUCCUGUGAAGAGGACGAAGGGAGAGACGCCCCCCUUCUCAGCAGCCUCCGCCAUCCCGGCGCACUCAGGGGGCCUACCGGAAUGUCAGGGGAGGGUAACCAUGGCAACCAAUCUGCCCAGCACAAUGGAGUCGAGAAGCAAAGAACAUCUCUACCGGCUCCCAUGUUCUCCAGGAAUGACGUCAGCAUCUGGAGUAUCCUGAAGAAAUGCAUUGGCAUGGAGUUGUCAAAGAUUGCCAUGCCUGUGGUUUUUAAUGAGCCCCUGAGUUUCCUCCAGCGGUUAUCGGAAUACAUGGAGCACACCUACCUUAUCCACCAGGCCAACGCUGCAACAGACUCUGUUGAGAGGAUGAAGUGUGUUGCAGCAUUUGCUGUGUCAGCUGUAGCAUCGCAGUGGGAGAGGACUGGAAAACCCUUCAACCCACUACUGGGGGAGACCUAUGAGCUCAUCAGAGACGAUCUGGGCUUCCGGUGGGUGUCAGAGCAAGUAAGCCAUCACCCUCCAGUCAGCGCCUUUCACGCUGAGGGCCUCAAAGAGGAUUUCGUCUUCCACGGCUCCAUCUACCCCAAACUCAAGUUUUGGGGAAAGAGUAUAGAGGCGGAGCCCAAGGGACUCCUCACACUGGAGCUGCCCAAAUAUAAUGAAGCCUACACCUGGACAAACCCCACCUGUUGUGUCCACAACAUCAUUGUUGGUCAGCUUUGGAUUGAGCAGUACGGCAGUGUGGAAGUAAUCAAUCACAAGACCGGAGAGAGAUGCAGCAUGAUGUUCAAGCCCUGUGGCCUCUUUGGGAAAGAGCUCCAUAAAGUGGAGGGAUACAUCUUAGAUAAAAGCAAAAAGAAGCUCUGUGCAAUAUAUGGCAAAUGGACCGAAUGCCUAUACACAGUAGACCCCGCUACCUUUGAUGCCCACAAAAAGAUUGACAAAAAGAAUGCGGAUGAAAAGAAGGGAAAUAAACAGAGCAGUGUGGAUGAGGAGCCAGAAGAGAUGCCUCCCCCUGACGCUGAGACGGUCCAGGUCAUCCCAGGCAGUGAGCUCAUCUGGAAGAUAACGCCACGGCCAGACAACUCAGCCAAGUUCUAUGCAUUCUCCACAUUCGCCAUGCACCUAAAUGAGCAGGAGAAGAGCAUGGAGGGAGUUACUCCCCCAACAGACAGUCGCCUCAGACCUGACAUUUGCGCUAUGGAGAAUGGAGAUAUAGAUUUGGCAAGUGCAGAGAAGAAGAGACUUGAGGAAAAACAGAGAAUGGCCCGAAAAAAUCGCACCAAAUCAACAGAUGAAUGCAAAACAAGAAACGCCGCCCUUGGCCCAAGGUGGUUUCAGCAAGGACCUAACCCUCACACCAAAGCUCAGGACUGGCUCUCCUUAAAAGGCUACUGGGACAGGAACUACACUCACCUGCCUGACAUCUACUAAUAAGAAGAAAUGCACACAAAUACCAUACACAUGGAUGACUAGGGUGCAAGGGUUCCCUAGCACAUGCAACAAAGUCAUGGAGUUGUUACAGAACAGCAGGUAGAGGUUGAGAAAAUAUGAAACUUGUUUAAGCCGUCAAAAGGCCGUAAAACACUGAGUGAACACCAGAGGCAUAUUCUUCAAUAGAUGUGUCAACAAUGAAGCACAAAAAUUGUCUUUUGCUUAUUUAUUGUGGUCCUUGUCCACUUAAGUACGGUAUAGGCAUGUAACUAGAAUGUAUUUAUAUAUAUAUAUAUAUAUAUAUAGAUGUGUACAUUAAGAUAGAUGGAGUGUUUAAACAGCAACCUUGGUUUUGUUGUAAGUAGUUUUGUCUAUAAUUCCUGCGGGAUGUGGAAACAUUUUACUCCUCAGCUUGUGUGCAGAGACACACGAGGCUACAAACCGCUACAAAGGAGUGCACGAUCCAUCCUGAGCUCAUCGAUUAGACCUUUAACUCUCGACACUGAUUCUACUUGUGCAUGCAUACUAUAAUGCAGUACAAAGUCUGCAAACGGGAGCAUUUGGAAACAUUUAUCUUUGUUUUCACUUUGUAGCCGAAUGAAUGGUGCAUGUCAUUUAACUCAUUUAACAGCUUGUUUGCAGUCUGCUGCAAUCGAUUGUAAAUCUCUGUCUAGCUUUUAGCUGCAUCCCCGUUUCUCUGUAAAGAUGAUGGCAGGUAAAUUGUUACCACAUCCAACAAGAAUUGUGGCCAGUACCACAACAAUAAAACUUUGAAUAAUGAAAUGUUUAAAAAUGUAAUAUUAUUAAGCCCUAAACUAUGUACUGUAUAGAUGUGUAUUGAGACUAACAGUCUAAAGUCUACCUGACUCUCUGGACACAGUACUGUAGCACCUUUUUCUAACUAUACUAAAGCAGGGACGCUGGAUCUGCACUUAUAGAUGUGUGUGUGUGUGUGUGUGUGUGUGUGUGUAAAAGUCUUGCCAUAGUUAAGUAAAAUACGCUAUGUUCCUGAUCUAUUUGAAAUCCAACUAUCACAAUAAAUGCAUGUACAUCACUAUAACUAUGCAAGCCUUACCUCCUUCACAAUCGAGCACUGAAUAUUCCCUUCAUGUUGUGGAUAGCUGCUGCGUGUUUUUGGGGUUUUGUCGGUCAUCACUCUUUUGCGUAUCAAAACAGAAUUUCUAUUGUUGCUAAAUAAAAGCUUAAUGUUGAUUGAA